CAAACACAGACUGGCCAUUAGGACUAGAGAUAUCCCGGCAGCCUGUGGACAGGUAAUAUUAUUCAGUACAGGAGAAUAAUCGAGGCACUCCCUGCAGAGAGUAGGUUGCAUACAGCCCCUGCAGUUCAGGACCCCGAAACCAUUAUUGGGACCCCGACAUACCCGAUUGGACCCAAUGUACGGAGAAUCGGGAAACAAACUGGUCCAACAUGCCAAACGCAUGCAAUCCCUCUCCCACCUACCACCAUACCAGACAGAAAUGGUACGCUCGGUGGCACGCGAGGUCCGCGAAUUGGAUAAAGAUGUAGCGCGUAUCUUGGAGCCGUUCGAAGGCACUUUCAACCCGUCCGAGAACCACGCGACCGCCUGUGCCUUACUCGUCGACCAUUUGUCGAUGCGACGGAACAAAAGAUGCCUGCUCGCCUACCACCGCGCGCGCGCAGAGAAACUAGAAGAGUUCUGCUGGCAGGGCCGUGAUGUGCUAGACGAGCAGAUGCAGCAGGGUGGCGGGGGUGCUCAGAGUGGUGGCAGCCAGGCAAAUUCCCUGAGUCCCGAGGAGAUGGAGUAUUUUCGCCAGUAUAGCGAUAUGCUAGCGGCGUACAAAGGACAAUGGAUUGAUAUUGACUUGACGGGUAGUCUGGAGCCGCCAAAGGACCUGUUCAUUGAUGUGCGCGUGCUUAAAGAUGCGGGUGAGAUCCAGACUGAGUAUGGUGCCAUUACAUUGACAAAAAAUAGCCAGUUCUACGUCCGGUUAGGGGAUGUUGAGCGGCUUAUAGCGCAAGGAUAUCUUCAACGGCUGAGCUAGUAUGCGAAUCUAUAAAUGAU